AUGAUCUAUGGUAAAUACUUUGUCAAAACUACAUAUGCGUACCCCCUACCACCACCGCCGCUAGCAUAUGCACCACCACCACCGCCGCCGCCAACAUACGCACCAUUGCCACCAUGUGUACCACAGCCGCUAGUAUAUGCACCAUCACCACCGCCGCCGCCAACAUACGCACCAUCACCAUCAUGUGCACCACCAGCAUAUUACCAACAACCACCACCGCCGCCACCAUCGUACUAUCUGGUAUAUCUGCCUGCAGCAGCAGGAUAUUAUCGGUAUUAA